CAAUUGCCUCCCUUCGCCGUUCGGACCGUUUCUUCUCCCAUGCCUUGAAGGAUGACCGGCGGGAUCCAAAGUCAAACCCUUCGCCAUUCUCUUUUGACUUGUCAAUCUCUCCCUUCUUCGCCGCCCUCGUCGUCGUCUUCUUCCUCCAUGCCGCACCGGAUUCACGGAAGCGGCGCGCUUUGACCAUGCACGGGCUGGCGACGAAGGCGACUAGACGACCCCGCGAUGACAAGGCAGACGACGAUGUGGCUAUGAUCAAGAUCAGACGCUUCGUGUCCAAAAUGGAGCCCGCUAAGUUGACUCUGCUCCUGGUGAACCUCGCCGGGAUCAUGGAGAGGGCCGACGAGUCCCUCUUGCCGGGCGUGUACAAGGAGGUCGGAGCCGCCCUGCACGCCGAUCCGACUAAGCUCGGCUCGCUCACGCUGUUCAGGUCGAUGGUCCAGGCCCUCUGCUACCCUCUGGCGGUCUACUUGGCGGCGCGCCACAACAGAGCUCACGUGAUUGCCCUCGGCGCGUUCCUCUGGGCCGCCGCCACGUUUCUUGUCGCGUUCUCGUCUACUUUCUCCCAGGUGGCAGUUUCAAGAGCUUUGAAUGGCAUUGGGCUUGCCAUAGUAGGACCUGCAAUCCAGUCCCUUGUGGCUGAUUCGACGGACGAUAACAACCGGGGUAUGGCUUUUGGAUGGCUACAGCUGACUGGCAAUCUCGGUGCCUUAGUAGGUGGUCUAUUUUCUGUGCUGGUAGCUCCCACAACAUUCAUGGGGAUCCCUGGGUGGAGAAUUUCCUUCCAUUUGGUUGGACUAAUAAGCAUCCUAGUUGGAGUUCUAGUCCGCCUCUUUGCCAGAGAUCCACAUUUUGAUGAUGGCCGUGCCAAGAUUGCUGGGCAAACUUCAAAUCAAUCAUUUUGCUCAGAUGUGAAGGACUUGCUUCAAGAAGCAAAAUCGGUGAUAAAGAUUCCAUCGUUCCAAAUAAUUGUUGCACAAGGCGUAACGGGUUUAUUCCCCUGGUCAGCUUUGUCAUUUGCAACAAUGUGGUUGGAGCUUGUUGGGUUCUCUCAUAAUAAAACUGCAUUUCUCAUAGCACUUUUUGUGAUUGCUAGUUCCCUUGGGGGACUUUUUGGAGGUAAAAUGGGAGAUUUUCUUUCCAGACGUCUACCAAACUCUGGAAGAAUAAUUUUAGCACAGAUAAGCUCGGCAUCAGCUGUCCCACUUGCAGCAAUACUUUUGCUGGCUCUGCCAAAUGAUUCAUCCACUGCGUUUGUACAUGGGUUAGUUUUGUUCAUCGUGGGCUUCUGCAUAUCAUGGAAUGCUCCAGCAACAAACAAUCCUAUUUUCGCAGAAAUAGUCCCUGAAAAAUCCCGAACAAGUGUCUAUGCCCUGGACCGAUCCUUCGAGUCCAUACUAUCAUCAUUUGCUCCUCCUAUAGUUGGAAUACUAGCCCAGCAUGUGUAUGGUUACAAAGAACUUCCUGGAGGAUCUGGUGCAUCGCAGGAUAUUGAGACGGAUAGAGAGAAUGCAGCCUCGCUGGCCAAGGCACUGUACGCAGCUGUGGGCGUUCCCAUGUUCCUCUGCUGUCUUAUCUACUCGUUCCUCUACUGCACGUACCCACGAGAUAGAGAGCGGGCUCGGAUGGAGGCUCUAAUAGAAUCAGAGAUGGAACAGUUAAACUUGGAUGAUAUGUCCCCCAAUGGAGUAGGUACUGGUGAUCUGGUUGACAGAUCAGAUAUUAAUGGUAGGGAGAGGAGUGUCAUCAAUGCUCAUUACGAGGAGGACGAUUCUACCGAUAUUGAGGAUGGCUAUGAGAAGACGUUGCUUCACCAUCAAUUGACGUUCUCUAAUCUGGGUGAGUAGUCGCACAACGCAUCUGGCUAAAGCCGGCAUCAUUUUUGAAGGAGGGAGGAGGUUUUUGAUAGGUAUACUCGCAUAGAACUUCUGUAACUACAAUUGAUAAGCAGAGACCUUGCAAGAGUGUUGUAUUGUACAGAGGGAGAGGUUAUUGUAGAGAUUAGAGGAGCUACAUUUAUGAAUUUGUGGAGGUCAAGCUGUGGUCUUUAGUUACCUUUGCAUUCUCGUCUCAACGAGGAUAUAAUGCAACAGCGUCUGAAUGGACAGAGCGGAUUUCGCUCGAUAGCCACAUAUAUCAUCGUUUAUAGGAAAGAACUGAUCCGGUG